CACGAAGCGACACGGAAGUGCUGCGACGCGGAAGUGCUGCGACGCGCGUCCUUCACCGCACUCGGUGCUUGCUGAACGUGAACGCGUUACAAAAGCCGAGCGUUUGUAGUUUAGUAACAGUAUUUCUGUGAUUGUUCAGGGUUUCUAUGGAGUGACCGAAGCAGACAGUGGUUGGGACAAAUACAUAUUUGUGUACGUUGCAGCUGUUACUUCGGUGAGUGACACUCAGCUAACGUUACAGUCUGUUUACCGUCUUUGUUUUUGCUCAGUGAUAGCUGAGAGCGAUUGAAAAUGAAUCAUUUAUAGUCCAAUACCAAAAGGAACACGGUGCUGUGGUGUCACCGUCAAGUAGCGAUGACAGCUCCAAACUCUGCGGAAAGGAAGGCAUGCUGGGACGCCAGGGACCAGCUGUGGAAAUGUCUGGAUGACAAUGGUGACAAAGCUGCCUCCUGCCAGAAGUUCCAGAGCGAGUUUGAGGCAAACUGCCCAGCUCAGUGGGUGAAGUAUUUCUCCAAGAGGAGAGACUUCCUAAAAUACAAAGAGAAGAUGCAGACAGAGGGAUUCAAACCUGCUGAAGGGCCCCAGCAACCUUCCUAACCGCUGCACCGCAGACUGUCAACAUCUGCACACUGACAGCCUUUCGGCCUCAUUCAGACCAGGGCCGAGGCCCAAGACUUGGAGAGCAGUGUACUAACUUUAUUAUGGACGGAGUACCUGAACUCCACCUCUAUUCUUAUUUAUUUGAAGAGAUUAAAGCUGCAUUAAGAUGUUCGAUAACAAAGGAAACCAAAAGGACAAGUGACAGAAAAGAUCCACGGUUGCUGAAUCUAGUUUUCUCUGUCAGUUGGAUUUCACCUGGACAUUACCUGUAACGUUGUCACUUGACUUUGUAAUAAUGUCGGAACACUUAUGAUCAGUGCAGCCCUUACUCGUAUCCAGAGUGGUGGUCCACCUCUAUAUGGAGUUUGGGCAGAAGUCUUGAUCAAUCAAAUUCUACCAGUGUGUUUUACAGAUAAAUGCUGAUCUUUACUGAUUGCAGAUACUCACCUUUUAAUUCCAGAACAGGACCCCAUUAGGCAAAAGUCUGACUUGUGUUGUU